ACCAAAGUUCCACUCGCCCGCAGGCUCCGAGGGGAGCUCGUUUUGUGUUACACCGAAGGCGGUCCGUUCCUGUACCAUCGGCUCCGGAUCCCGGAAGCACGCCUCGCUCUCCUGCUCCGGCACGGGCUCUUCCUGGGGCGUGUUGCGGCUCUCCUGGCACGCACUCGCCACCGGGCCGCGAGCUGAGUGGAAUCCCGUCUAUGGCGGAGAUGGAGAGCGCUGUGGAAGGCCGCACGGCCAGCGUGCUGUUCGCGGGGUUCCGGGCCUUGGGGCUGUUCAGCAACGAGGUUCCACACGUGGUGCGGUACAGCGCGCUCAAGCGCCGCUUCUACGUGACGACUUGCGUGGGCAAGAGCUUCCACACAUAUGACGUUCAGAAACUUAGUCUGGUUGCAGUAAGUAACUCUGUUCCACAGGAUAUCUGUUGCAUGGCAGCCGAUGGGAGGCUAGUCUUCGCUGCAUAUGGGAACGUUUUCUCUGCAUUUGCCCGGAAUAAAGAGAUAGUACAUACUUUUAAGGGCCAUAAGGCAGAAAUACAUCUUUUGCAACCCUUUGGGGAUCACGUUAUCUCAGUGGAUACUGACAGCGUUCUUAUUAUUUGGCACAUUUAUUCAGAAGAAGAAUACCUUCAGCUGACUUUUGACAAGUCAGUUUUUAAAAUCUCUACAAUUUUGCAUCCAAGCACCUAUUUGAAUAAAGUCCUACUGGGCAGUGAGCAGGGAAGCCUACAGUUAUGGAAUAUAAAGUCCAAUAAGCUUCUAUAUACAUUUCCAGGGUGGAAAGUUGGAGUGACAGCUCUUCAACAGGCACCAGCUGUGGAUGUUGUUGCCAUUGGUCUUGUGUCUGGUCAAGUUGUCAUUCACAACAUUAAGUAUGAUGAAACAUUAAUGAAGUUCCAUCAGGACUGGGGACCCAUUACUUCCAUUUCAUUUCGCACAGAUGGUCAUCCAAUAAUGGCAGCUGGAAGCCCGUGUGGCCAUAUUGGACUCUGGGAUCUGGAAGACAAAAAAUUAAUUAAUCAAAUGAGAAAUGCACACUCUACAGCAAUAUCUGGGCUGACAUUUCUCCAUAGAGAGCCGUUGCUUGUUACAAAUGGCGCUGAUAAUGCUCUUAGGAUAUGGAUCUUUGACGGCCCCGCGGGUGAAGGACGGUUGUUGAGAUUCAGAAUGGGGCAUAGUGCUUCUCUUACCAAGAUUAGAUAUUAUGGACAAAAUGGACAGCAGAUUUUAAGUGCAAGUCAAGAUGGGACUCUACAGUCAUUUUCUACAGUUCAUGAAAAAUUCAACAAGAGCUUGGGUCAUGGAUUAGUAAACAAAAAGAUAGUUAAACGGAAAGGACUUCAGAACACCAUGUCAGUAAGGCUCCCACCUAUCACACAGUUUGCUGCUGAGGAAGCUCGUCAAAGUGACUGGGAUGGUAUCAUUGCUUGCCAUCAAGGGAAGCGGUCUUGCUCAACCUGGAAUUACCAAAGGUCUACAAUAGGUGCUUAUUUUCUCAAGCCCAGAGGUGUAAAGACAAAUAGCAACCUCACUGCAACAGCAGUAGAUAUAACUUCCUGUGGAAACUUUGCAAUAAUUGGCCUCUCUUCAGGAGCUGUAGAUGUGUAUAACAUGCAGUCUGGUAUACAUCGAGGAAAUUUUGGAGAUGAUAAAGCUCACACCGGCUCUGUUAGAGGUGUUGCCGUGGAUGGAUUAAACCAGCUGGUGGUUACAGCUGGAAGUGAACGGUUACUCAAAUUCUGGAACUUUAAAAGCAAAGUUUUGAUCCACUCUCUGGGCCUUGAUUCGUCUCCAAAUAUGAUGCUGCUACACAGGGACAGCGGCAUCCUGGGCCUUGCUAUGGAUGACUUCUCCAUUGCUGUCCUCGACAUAGAGACUAGGAAGAUCGUCAGAGAGUUUUCUGGACACCACGGCCAAAUAAAUGACAUGACGUUCAGUCCUGAUGGCCGCUGGUUGAUAAGCGCUGCGAUGGAUUGCUCUGUUAGGACUUGGGACCUUCCUUCUGGGUGCCUUAUCGACUGCUUUUUGUUGGACUCAGCGCCUCUAAAUGUUACUAUGUCCCCAACUGGAGACUUUCUAGCAACUUCCCAUGUGGAUCACCUUGGAAUUUAUCUAUGGUCGAAUAUUUCCCUCUAUUCAGUUGUCUCCCUGCGACCACUUCCUCCAGAUUAUGUCCCUUCCAUAGUGAUGCUUCCUGGUACUUGUCAAACCCAAGGUAUGGAAGACUUGGAAGAAAAGACUGAGCCAAGUGAUGAAAUGAUAGAGUAUGAGUCGCCAGAACAGUUGAGUGAGCAACUGGUGACUCUCUCCCUUCUCCCUGAGUCACGCUGGAAAAACCUUCUGAAUCUUGAUGUUAUCAAGAAAAAGAAUAAACCCAAAGAGCCGCCCAAGGUUCCCCAGUCAGCUCCGUUUUUCAUCCCAACAGUUCCUGGGCUUGUCCCCAGGUUUGCUGUACCCGAACCCAGCAGUGACCCCCAGCAGUCUAAGGUGGUAAACCUUGGGAUUUUGGCUCAAAAGUCAAAUUUCUACCUGAAACUUGAAGAAGGAUUACUAAAUAAUCAGUAUGAAGCUGCUCUUAACCUUCUGAAAGAAUUGGGCCCAUCUGGGAUUGAAACAGAGCUGCGAAACCUGUCCCCUGAUGACGGUGGGUCGGUAGAAGUCAUGCGGAGCUUUUUAAGCAUGAUUGGAAUGAUGUUGGACAGAAAGCGUGAUUUCGAGUUGGCCCAGGCAUACCUUGCAUUGUUUUUGAAGUUACACCUCAGAACGCUUCCUUCGGAGCCAGCGCUUUUAGAGGAGCUGGUGAAGUUGUCAUCACAGCUCUGCACAUCGAGAGAACUUAAAACCACCUGAGAUCAUCAGACAAGUCACAUACAUGGGACUUUUUGAAUUAUUGCCAUUUUGUAUUUUUAUCAUGUUAUGUGUAAAAGACAGUGCCUAUUCUGUGUUUUACUGAAUUAAAUUGACAAUGUCAGAUAAAGCGUAUCUGUAAUAUACUUAUAAAAAUGCAUUUCUGAUAUUAAAAAGAAAUCAGUGGGUUCUUUUUUUCUAGGUGGCUUUUGAUGAAACAGAUUGUUGAUUCUUGAGCUGUGUUUGUGUCUGGUGCCUUUGGUCCAGCCCCACCCCCACCCUCCCUUUGUUAUAGAGGAGUCAAAGAAAGGUUGGCUGGGAUCUGUGGUGGCCUGGCUUUAUAGCACAGAGCCUAGAGCUUUCUCAGUUGCCCACUUCCUAGAUAAGGUUUCAUUAGAUGGAAGUGAGAGGUGCUUGCUCCAGGAAGAAGUGCAGCAAGUGUCUGCACAGGGAGACCCCAGGCUCCAGCAAGGGCUGUUCUUUUCUGACAGUGGUUUAUUUGGGAAGAGACUGCUAACUACGCUUGUCAUCAUCUUCUUUCUUAAUGGCCCAGUGCUUUAGCAAAACAGCAAUUAAUAUUAAACAGUUGGGGCUGGAGAGAGCACAAAUCCCGUAUAAACCAGGCUUGGUGGUCUAAAACCUGCAAUUUCAGUACUCCAGAGGUAAAGACUAGAGGACAAAAAAGAUGCUGAAAAUAAUAGCUGGAGGCUAGCCUGAGACCAGGUCUAAUAAAAA